ACGACAUGUUGCAACACCCGAUUUUCGAAUUCUACUUUCAGCUUCAAAUGAUUUCUGGACAAAUCGCCAAGCUAACUCACUAUCAUCGGUCGCGUAUCACGGGUGUAGAUCAACAAGAAGUGGUGAAGUCAAUGCUGCACGUCAGAUCACGUUUGGUGGCCCUCUGGGAGACUCGCUCUGCUAUUCAGCGCCUGAGCCCGAUUGAUCUGCGAUCAAAUCUGGCAGCGGACAUCGCGGAGCCCAUCAUAACCCUUGUUGGACUCUGUGCUGCUGCGUAUCAUGCCGAAUUUGUCGAGAUGGACCGUGUUCUCGGCGAUCCUAUCUCCAAGUCCACCGGCUCAAGACGGGCAAUGCAGGAAAUAAGGAGCAUCGUUGACGGCGACUGGAACUGCUACCACGAGGGCAAGCUCAACCCGGGAUAUCUCCGCCCUCUAUUCCUAUAUGCCAUCGAGUGUAUGGAUCGAGACGACAACAGAUGGGCUGUAGAGCGGAUGGAAUGCGUGAAGGACUGCAUCUGCCGGAGUGACUUUUUCGCCGACUUCGGGCAAAGACUCUCAGAUGCGCAAUUACGCAAAGAGAGGCGAGUGACUUCAAAGUACUUUUGCAUCUGGUACUUUGGAGUUCCGCCCCCUUUCAUGUAGCUCGAUGACACUGUGGGACUGCUCUGGAGCAUGAAAAUAAAAGUUGUUCAAAACUG